CUCCUUUCAGGCAGAAAUCAGGAGAACAUCAGGAGUGGGGUCUCCUCAGAGCCUCACACCACAGAGCUAACCAGAGUGCGAGGCAAAUUCCCCACUGAGGGAGCUGUGGCACUGGAGAUGAGUGUUGAUAUCUCUGACUCUUCUAAUGUCAUUACAGGGAAGCUGCAGCCUGUUAUUUCCCAAACUCACCUCCUGUCAUUUCUUGCAGAGUUCCAAAUUGUCUUCCUAGACAAUUUGAAAUCCUUCUAGUUACCUAGAAACCUGUGUAAGGAGAUGAAAAUGGGGUAAAGCGAGGCAAGGUGUGCGGGCAGAAAUCCCAGAGCUCUUACUGGGUCAACAGCUGAUGCUGCAGAUGAGCUGUGAAGAAAGCAGAGAGGCUUUUGGGCACAGCAGGGCACCAAGGGCAUCCCAGGCUCUCUGAUGCCUUGCCCCACUCUUGUCCCCUACUGAACCCUCGUCCUGAAGCAUGGCAGCCGCGCCUUUCCGCUACGGGCUGACCAUCACGGGGGCCGUGCUGCUGGUGACGGGCACGCUGUGCUUCGCCUGGUGGAGCGAUGGCGAGGUGGGCUCCGGCAGCGGGGCUCGCCUCCUGCCUCCCCGGGAGGCCGAGGCCGUGCCCAGCUCCUCCUCCUCCUCCUCCUCGUCCUCCAGCGCCCUGCUCCGCUCCGUCAACUUCUUCUGCUGCGGCAUCGGCGGCAUCCUGCUCGUCUUCGGCCUCCUGUGGUCCGUGAAGGCCAACGCCAGGGUGGUGUCCCGGCGCUACCAGUACCAUUUCCCCAGGGACCUGCAGUACUUCACGGCCGAGCCUCCGGAGAAGUGGAACUGCAGCCCCUGGGACUCCAGCGCCAUCCCCACCUACGAAGAAGCGCUGACCUGCCGACCAGCCCACGCUGCCCCGGCCUACGUGCAGCCGCCGGGGAGGAAGGAGGAGCCCACGCCGCCGCUGUACCGCUACCUGGAGCAGGAGGAGGGCUGGCAGGGCGGCCGGCGGCGCAGCUCCUCCGACAGCGCCCUGUUCCGCCCCAGCCCGGCCCGCCUGGAGCCGGGGCAGCCCCCGGAGCCGCAGGCAACGCCGCCGCCCAGCUACGAGAACAUCAGCGUGCGGGGGCUGUGAGAGCCCGGCCGGGACUCUGCGGGUGCGCCCGAACCGAGCCCCCCAUUUCUGGGGGAGAGCAGCGGGAAGGGUCAGCCCGGCUUGCCCGGCUUUCCCGGCGCUGUGGGGAUCGUGGGACCCGAGAUGUGCUCAGGGCGUCGGGGGUAGCUGGCAUGUUUGAAAGCUUUCGUAUUUUUAAUAAAACCACUGCUGGUUUCAGAGGCUUUGCAUUCCCUGCUCACCCCGGGGAGCUCCUGUCAGGCCGGGAGCUGCCCACUCAACAAUAAAUCUGCAGCACAGAACGAGUAAUCUGGGCAGAGAAAGCCCGGCUCCCAUCUGCACCGCUGCCUUCUCUGUGAAUGCCCCUUCCAGCCCUGUCUCCAUCCCUUCCCCCUUGCUUCCCUAAAUACUGAUCCCCACGCCUCACUUCACGUGGCGUCAGCGAUGCUCGGUGGGUCAGAGCAUCCGAGUGCACUUGGCAUGGAUGCCAGGCAGCCUCCUGGAAAAGCCAUCCCGAGUGGCACAGCCCCCUCCUCCCUCCCUGCCCUCCACGGGUGGGCGUGCAGCCCUGCCCAAAGCUGUGCCAGGUCCUGCAUCCCACCAGAACUCAGCGCUGCCCUGGGCCCCCUGCGGCCCUGCAGGGCUGCAGGGUGGCUGAGCAGCCACAGCCACGUCUAACAU